AUGGUUUCCGCAGCGAGCGAGUCGAGCAUUGAUGAUGCAUGGGAAUAUAUGAAGGGCACAGCACUGGCUGGAUGGUCAAGGACCACGCGGCGGAUGCGUGCCGCGGGCAUAGUCCUCAUAUUCUUUAUCUUGUCAAUUGUGCUUCUUCGACCUUCACUACCAGAUACACCCGCCUUCCCUCAGGUACCUUCAUUAUCUCUUGAUUAUGGUACUGCCCCGGCCUCCCCUUUCAACGAGACAAAAGUCGCACUACUCAUCGAAAACCGGGUGAAUCCGAUCCUGGCGCCCUUGUUAUUACAUUUCAUGGCAGUAGUCCCGCCAGAUUGGCGAUUCAGAUUUAUGGGCUCUGAGGAGAGCGUGGAAUUCGUAAACAGCAGUCGCGCGAUUCGGAACCAUGUAGCGAGCGGAAAGCUGGACCUAACAUAUAUCCCAUCGAAUAUGACGACCGGAUCUCAAGAAGAAAUCAGCCGUUUUUUGACGACCCUCUGGCUCUACGAGUCGGUUCUCCAGCCGGCAGAAUGGUUGCUGGUCUUCCAAACAGAUAGCAUGCUGUGCGCAAACAGUAGACAAAGUCUUAAUAAUUGGUUAGAUUACGAUUGGGUAGGCGCACCUUGGAAUCCUAAAGCUCGUUUCGGAGGAAAUGGAGGUUUGUCGCUCCGACGUGUUAGCAAAAUUGUGGACGUCCUUCGCAAUCAGAAGCGUCUACCAAACAGCGAGCCAGAAGACGUGUGGCUUACGGAUCGUUUGGGCCAUCGCCCAGGAGCAAAUCUUGCAAAUGGAACAGCAAGUUUGACAUUUUCUGGAGAAAUGUUCUCGGGUGAGACCGAACACGUAGAUGGGAAGAAAAAGGGCAAAGGCAAACAAGACCCUACGAAGGCAGGAGAGCUCAUCAAAGGCCUCGACGAUUGGCGAGAUGGCUUUUACGAGCCUAUGGGUUAUCACACCGGUGGAUCUGGAGAGACAUUGCACGGUGGGAUCUGGGGAACCCCAGAGAUGCGAAAGCACAUCUGGGGCUACUGCCCCGAGGUGAAAAUGAUGUUGAAAAUGGAUGCUGCAAAAUUCGUCCCUGGAGAGUGUCACGGAAACUGGAAACGCAUGGAGGAAGGCUGGGAUGGGAUAUAUGGUCCACACAUGGACGCAAAACUCGAGGAGAGGACGGAAGUGAUUGACGGUGUUGAAUAUCCGAUGCUACCUGAAGGAUUGAUGCCUUGGUAA